ACCCUCACCCAGGUCUCCACGUGGUUUGCUAAUGCAAGGAGGAGGCUGAAAAAGGAGAACAAGAUGACUUGGCCACCAAGAAACAAGUGUUCAGAUGAGAAGAGGCCUUAUGAGGAAGAUGAUGAAGAAGAUGAAGAUGAAUCUUCCAAAGACAAUAUAAAGAAUGAAAAAAAAAUUGAGGAAGAAAGUGGCGGAAGAGAAGACAAAGACCUGGAACUGAGUGACCUUGAUGACUUUGAUACAAUAGAGUCUGAAAGCUCUGAAUGUGAACUGAAACAGCCAUUUCAUCAUCAGUCCCAGGAAGGACACCAAAUGAGGACCAGAGAUUGCCUCAAUGAACAUUGCAAAGAUGUACUGCUUAAGAUGCCUUUAAGGGCAUCAACAGUAGACCAAGAACUUGAUAGGGCUAAGAAUUGUCUCAAAAGCGUUGUUGACGAAUGUGAGCAAGACUUAAUGAGGGCAAGACAGAGAGCCUGUGAAACCAAACUAUGUUUUCCACAGCAGAGUCAACAACUACUGGAUUCCAAACCACGCAUAUGGUCACUGGCUCACACUGCCACCUCCUUAAAUCAAACUGAAUACCCAUCAUGUAUGCUAAAGCACCAAGGGUUGUCUUCACCUUCUUCAUCCUCAUCUUCUUCUGCUGUUUCCACUCCAGUCUGUGUUAUUGACAGGCGUCAAGAUUCCCCUGUAACCAGUCUGAGAAAUUGGGUUGAUGGGGUGUUUCACGACCCAUUGUUCAGGCACAGCACUUUGAACCAAGCACUCACUAACACCACCGUUUCUUGGGCCACCACUAAAGGAAAAGCGUUCUUGAAGCUGGCUCCUUAGGACGUUCCGUUGGGAACCCUAGCACUAUACCUAAAGGACAUGACACAAACAAAGAGUUUAUUGCAUUCCCCAAAUCUGGCAGCAAAAUGUUUUGCUCGUAA